UUUAUACUUACUUCUGGUUAUCUUUUGUUCUAAAACGUCAAGGACGUAGCAAAAUCGUGUUUUUAGCGCGCAAAAAGGGUAGGUGUCCCAACAACUUAUGGCCAGGAUUGUAGUGUGUGCUGUCCCUAUAAAGUAAUAAAGCCCGUAGGGUAUAUAGGUAAUUGCUUCAGCCAACUAAAAAGAAGUGUUGAAGAAUGAGAGAGACAUGAGAGUUUCUACACUUCUCAGCAAAUGUAGGCAAAAUGGAGAGAAAACUAGCCUGUGUAGUAAGAGAUCCCAUCUGAAUGAAAGUUUUCCUCAUUUUAGCCGCACUUUGCCAUCAACUAUUAUUAUCAUUUUCUUGUCUUUCUUUUUUUUUUUUCUUUCCGCCGACGCGAGAACAUAAAUGAAAAAGCCAUAGGGAUUAUUUCUAUUAAAAGGAGUUCAGGAGCCCACAUAUUGACAGAUCUAGACAUUUGCUGCGGAGUGCGCACAAAUAGGGACAAGGGGAGCAAUAUUAUUGCUUCGAGACUUGGGUUGAGGUACUCUUGCUGAUGUGCGUGUGUUGCUAGAGACAAACUAUGCUGUAAAACCAAGCUUCUCUACUUUGUUGUUUUCGCUGCUUUUAAUGUAGUAGCCCUAUCAUUCAGCAGUGCAGAAUGGUUUUUAAGCUGCUUCAAAAACAUUUUCCCCUUGAUAUAAACAAACAGUGGGUAUUUGGACCCCCUAGUUGGCGGUGAACGUGGUGUCAAUAAAAUCUAACAGGGGACGUAUGAGUAGACGGUUUCCAAAGAUCAGUCUUUCAUCCUUUUGGCCUCAUUGAACAGAUUUGGAUUUUUAUUCGAGGUUUAAAGAUAGUUGGUAACUGAAAACUCUUUAUAUUUCCUGAUUAAAUUUCAAAGUUUUAAGUCUUUAGUGUUUCUCAAUGAUGAAAAAUUACUUUGCCCUCCCCGAAGAAACUUAUCGUCACGGUUGCGAGGCUACGAACAAAGGCGCCAUAUUUGAAGAUCUAUGCAAACAAAUGACGGGAUAUCACUAUUCAAAUGGUUGGUGUAAACGAUAACCUUUUCAGCAGCUGAGCGGCGGUUUGUUUGGAUCGAAAAUGUCCCGAAGUGUUUAUCCUACGGCCCAGAUACCGAUUGAAGUUCAGGAUGAAAGCGUUGCAACGACAUUGAAAGUAAUUAUGGAUGUUCUGAAGUCACAUGAGGGCUCUAUUAAAGAACUCCGCAAUGUCUUGGACUCUCAUGGAAAAAACUCGGCAAAAAUACCACCCCUUUUAAACUCACAUGAGGGCUCUAUUAAAGAACUCCGCAAUGUCUUGGACUCUCAUGGAAAAAACUCGGCAAAAAUACCACCCCUUUUAAACAUUCACGCAAUGAAUGGAGACGAAGAACCAGUGAAAGAUGUACAGGUGGAUGAUAUCCCAGAUAACCAAUCAGAAGCCUCGUCAAUUAUGUCAAGUCGUACAGAGUAUCAUGAGUUGCCGACAAGAUCUACUUUGAUUAACAGUAGUGGUGUGUCUUCUGUUGGUAAUGAAAUGUUUCCUCUGUCUGAUCUGAGCCAUCACAAAACCACAGUCUCUAUAUCAAAUGGUCUGACAAGCACACCAUCAAAGCCUUAUUCUUCUCCACGGCAACUUUUUCCUACAAGAACUUCUUUAUUUGAACAGACACCCAAACUCGACCUAACAGUUUCCACUGCAGAUCGUCAAGGUAAAGCCAUGUCCCCAUCCAGCCAACCAUACACACUACAUACACCGUCAAUUAAGCCAAAUAUGGGUACAGAAAUGCACAAGUACAGUUUAUCUCCAAGUGCCAGUUAUUCGGUUGGCACACUAAACACAAAGAUUCAGUUACUGGAAAAUCAAGUGUCGGAAUGGGGAGAUAUCAUUGACGAAAUGUCAGACCGCAUGGCUAAUCAACCUUCACUAAUUAGAAAGUUUGCAAAAGAAAGUACAACAGACAAAGUGAGUCAUCGACAACACACAGAGGAUUUGGACGUGCUCGAACGGAAGCUGACCAAGAGAAUUGAUGACAAGUUUGCAAGCCUUGAUCGUAAAAUUAUCGAGCUUUACGACGAUUUGAUGAGUCAAGUGUCCAACCCAACAGCCUCCAGAGACACCCAAGAUAGAAAGACAGGGAAGCAAGAUUCUUUAGGAAAACUUAAUUCUAACGUGGAUUCACUUUCAGAACAGUUGGAAGAACAAAAGGAAAAACUCAAGAACAUGUCCAAAGGAAUGUCAGGGCUUGACGAGAAAGUGGCUCAUCUCAGACAGGACAUGUCUUUAUACAGGCGUCAACUGGAAAACAAACGUGGUGAUGAUGAGCUUGUGUCAUUAGUAGCUGAACAGUUGGUUAGUAAUGAAGAAAUUACGGGAUGGAAAAUGGCACUGAAGGAAAUCCAUGCGGCACUUAACAAACAAUCGGAAAUCAAUACAUCUGUGCACCACUCUUACGCAACUCUAGACAAACGCACUGAGGCCAUGAGUCAGAAAGUCCAACUUCACGGAAGAUGGCGGUGGAGUGGCGUCUCCAAUUUGUACCCCAAAGCACAUUCCUGUGUAGCAGACCAACAGACGGAUGAUAUCAGUUUCACGUCACAGAUACACAACACUGAGUCACGGAGCUUGGUGUAUGAGAAAGGCAAAGCGUAUGUUGUAGUGACGGCAGGAGGGUGCUACUGGGUAUCAAUCGGUGCGUUUUCCAAAAAGACUUCAACACCGCCUUCUUUGCAAGUCACUAUAGACGAAGAAGCCGUACCUCUGUUUAACAGUUCCGGUAAGUCACCAAGUCAUCACAGGAUAAGCGUCAUUUCCUCUGCUCCGAAAUACCAGCCUCCCGCGGGCAGAUUAAAAGGGGAAGGAGCCACACCUUGGAGACCUGGUUCAAGUCUUAUCGGCGCGGUAAUAAUUCCCGCACACAGUAGAAUAAGUAUCAGUCCCACAAGCACGGCACCGGGAACACGAAUGAGCGUGGAAGGAUAUCUGGACCUGAUAAAGAUGUACUGACCCCGCAGGCGGCACGACAAACAACCGUUAAACAACUUAGUUUCUGUCAUUCUCAACCUCUUUCGGACACGACGUGGUCAAACCAUGUUUGCAAACUUGGCCAACAUAGAUUUUCUCUGCUGUUGAAAACUAAGAUGUCGGCUGCCUCCAAGUUGCCGCCAUUCGGUGUUUGAGUUUUACGACAGGGAAGAGCGGUCCUGCUAGUGAACUUUGAAAACCUGUGCAACAGUCAAUGUUGGCUUAUAAGUAAUUACCGUUUUCCCGCACAGUCAGUCAGAAGGCUGAAAUAAGUACACCUUUCUCUCUUCGCCUCCUUCAGUAGACAGUUUUUACUGUAGCAACAUGUAAA